CCGGAAGUCCCCAAUUGUUGCCAGCAACAGCUUCAGAGGACUUGCGAAGGAAGAGGCUCAGAAAAUACUACAACUUGUAAUAAAAGGCAACCAACCAAACUUCAAGCAAACAAUUAUUUAGCUUUUUAAAGCUCUGGUUUCUCCGUCAUACCGUGUGUCACCUGAACUUGCAUGUAUCACUGGAGUGUAAAAUCGCGCACACGCCCCUCCAAGUGUCCCCGUGUGCUCAGAUAUUAUCCCUGAAUGGAGUUUCUGGUGUAUUAGCAGUCAGUACCGACAGGAUCAAUGUCGUUUCUGCGCUGGGUCUCAGAGAAGCUGAGCGUGGAGAGCCUGAGGGAUCUAGACCUGUUCGGAGAGCCAGCUCAGGGAAGCUCGCACAGGAAACCCCAUGAAGACAGCGAGGAGUCGCUGACCUCCCUCCCUCACCGGGUUGCCAUGGGAACCUUCCUGCCCGACCGCUCCUCCUACCAACUCCUCACGGUCAUCGGCAGGGGGCUGGAGGACCUGAUGACUGUUAACCUGGCCCGAUACCGCCCCACCGGGGAGCACGUAUCCAUCCGCCGCAUCGACCUGGAGUCCUGCACCAAUGACAUGGUCAACUACCUACAGGGGGAGCUCCACGUGUCCAAGCUGUUCCAUCACCCAUGCAUACUGCCCUAUAGGAGCAUCUUCAUCAUGGAGAAUGAGCUCUGGGUCAUCACCCCCUUCAUGGCCUACGGCUCAGCCAGAGACCUGAUCAGCACCCACUUCACCGAGGGCAUGGGUGAACUGGCUAUCGCCUGCAUCCUGCUGGGGCUGCUGAAGGCCCUGGACUACAUUCACCACAUGGGCUACGUGCACCGGAGUGUGAAGGCCAGCCAUGUGCUGGUCUCUGCAGACGGGCAGGUGUUCCUGUCAGGGCUGCGCAGCAUCUUCAGUCUGAUCCGGCACGGCCAGCGCGUGCGCAGCGUGCACGACUUCCCACAGUACAGCGUCAAAGUGCUGCCCUGGCUCAGCCCGGAGGUGCUGCAGCAGAACCUGCAGGGCUAUGACUCUCGCUCAGACAUCUACAGCCUGGGAAUCACUGCCUGUGAGCUGGCCAACGGCCACGUGCCCUUCAAGGACAUGCCGGCCACCCAGAUGCUGUUGGAGAAGCUGAACGGCACGGUGCCCUGUUUGCUGGACAGCAGCACCAUCCCCACAGAGGAGCUGACUCUGAAGGCCUCUCGCUCCGGGGCUGACUCAGGCAUCUGUGAGGGCCCCGGGGCCAGCGGCGCCCGCCACGCCAACGGGGACCCCCCCUCCUCCAGCCACCCCUACAACCGCACCUUCAGCCCCCACUUCCACGCCUUCGUGGAGCUCUGCCUCCAGAGGGACCCCCAGAAAAGGCCUUCUGCGAAUGUCCUGCUGGGCCACUCCUUCUUCAAACAGAUUAAGCGUCGGCCGUGUGAGGCUCUGCCUGAGCUGCUGCGGCCCGUGUCCCCCAUCACCAGCUUCCAGAACGCCCAGCCGCCCGACUCCCCCUCGGGGCUGGCCAGCCUGGAGUCCAGCCUGAGCCAGCUGGACAUGGACGACUGGGACUUCUGACAGCGGGGAUGGGGGGUGGGUGUCUCAGAAGAGUGAUUUUAUUAGCCGUGUAAAUAUUCAAGCUGAAAAAUCCGGACUUUGAGACUGCCAAAGUGUAUCAGAGAAGACCCGUUCUGCCCUGGGCUCCUUGUGUUGGAGGCCUUAAGAUCAGCUUGCGAACAGCCCAAUGGAUGUUUCCUCUCAAGAGCUUCUAGCAUGGGAGAACCGUUUCCUGCCCAGCUACCCUGGGGCCUGGUUUCUGGAUCUCUAAACCUCCUAAAAACCUCUCGUUUUCCUCUGCACAUCCUCUGGCUGGUGUUGACAAAAGCCUCACUUUCAAGUCAAGCAGAACUGGCUGCCUGUCUCCACCUCACUUUGCAGUGCAUCGAAUUCACGAAGAACGAGUCUUGAUACGCAAACUUAAUUUGGUCCCGUUCGUUCACUGGAUCUGUUACCUUGUGCAGAAGUGCCCUUUUAUGAACAACUCUUUACCCUCACACAUUCACCCUUUCUUCUACUUGAAAGUCUGUUACCUCAUGUAAAGAUUGUAAUAAUUUUUCAGCCGUCUUAUUGGAAUCGAAGACUCUUCUGCACCCCCCCCCUGUUACGUAUUUCUAACUGCGAAGUGAAUGUUACAGUAUUUUGGUGAAUAGUUGCAUAUGGAGUUUGUGUACAGAUCAGCUGGAGGUAAAGCUCUUUGGCAUUUGAAUGUGGUGAAUAAAAUCGACUCCAUUUGCAAACCUGGGUGAAAUUGGUCCUAUGCAGCCACAGGAAUCGGACCACAGCCUAUCAAAACACAUUUAUUCCAAAAAGAUGUGACUUAAUACUGUACAUCACAAAUUAAACAAUAAGAGAAAGCAAAAUAAACUUG